UGCGACUACAACGGCAACACUUACUGGGGAGGUCAGACCAUCGAGUCUCUGCCGGACCAAUGCACUGAGCUCAAGUGCAAGUGGUCCGCCGACGGGAACCCGACGGUGCAGCUGGUGCCCAUCGACGGCUGCAGCUGCACCACCGUCAGGGCUCUCCCGACCCAGCAGGAGGCGGAGGACCUCCAGCUGCCCCUCCACGCCCACACACGCCAGACCAAGAGCCAGUGUCUGUACAACGGCCAGCUCAAGUGGGGCGGCGCCGUCCUCGACCGCAUCGACGAGAACUGCGUCAAGCUCGUCUGCAAGGGCGUCAGCGGCGCGCAGAACUACAUCGAGACGCAGGUCACGGCGGGCUGCAGCUGCACGCAGACAACAACCACGACUACAACCGAGACUACAUCGACCACCACACCCACAACCACCAACACCACAGCAACCACACCAACUACAACCACGCCCACAACCACCACAGAAGACUCCACAAUCAAGGGAUGCAAGGAGGAGACCACCACAGAGGCACCCACAACCACAGAGGCGCCCACAACCACAGUGUCUGUCACGGACACCACCCAAGCCUGUGCUGGCACUGACACUGUCACUCCUUAGGCUCUUGGUCCGUUUUGAACCCAAGCUCUAAUAAACAAAUAGCAUUUAAA